CACGGUCAGCCUCGCCAGUCUUCACACCGGAGCUCGACACUGGUUCAGCAACGAUUCGUACACGCACGUGUGUGUUUCUUGGCUGCUGGAUUCCUGAGGACGCUCGGUAUUCAGAGUGUGUGCGAGUUGGUCUGCACGAGAAUGUGCGUGUGAGCAUCCCUGGAGCAUCUCUUGUAUGGAGGGGCAUGUGUGCAGAGUGAGAGUCAGUGUGAGGAUGCAUGGUGGGCAGGUGCUCUUGUGAUCGGCGGAGUUUUCGGUGUGUACAAUCGUUUUUGCUGUCUGCCUCCCCCCCUUUUCCUCCCAUUUGGCGGUGUCCUGUGAGGGCUAAAAGCCUCCUGCUGGGAUGUCCACCUCGCCUGGUGCAACAGACGGGAGCCAGAGGAACUCCUUGGAGCUGGAAGCGGAGCACCCGCAGAGAGUGCCGGGGGCAGAGCAGGGAGGGGUCCCGACCCCCCAGGUGAAGCUGAAGGAGAGGCAGAAGUUCUUCGAGGAGGCCUUCCAGCAAGACAUGGAGCAGUACCUGUCCACUGGCUACCUGCAGAUCGCAGAGAGGAGAGAGCCAAUAGGAAGCAUGUCCUCCAUGGAGGUGAACGUGGACAUGCUGGAGCAGAUGGAUUUGAUGGACAUGUCUGACCACGAGGCCCUGGAUGUGUUUCUGCACUCGGGCGGGGAGGACAACAGCGCCACUUCCCCCGUCACAGGUCCUGAUGUGGAGACCUUCACCACAGAGAUCUGUCUUCAGGUUCCCACCCAUGCUGAGCUCCGCCACAAGCUCUCCUCCCUGUCGUCCACCUGCACCGACUCCGCCAGCCAGGACACGGAGGCCGGGGAGGAGGACGAGGAAGACGAUGAGGAGGAGGCCGAGCAAGGAGGAGGAGGCGGUGGUGUCGGAGGAGGAUCCGGGGGAAGAGGAAGGAGAAGAAGGCCGCCGGUAGUGGUGACCCUGGACGAAGAGGAGGUGCACCCUGACACGGCGCUGCUGGACACGGCGGACCAACAGGAGCAGACCAGUAAAGACUGUGAGGAGAGGGGGCUGAAGGUUUGAGGAGCGUGGGACUGGAUUCAAACACAAACACACAAACAUGCAGAGCUGCCAAAUCACACACUGCACAACAUUGGCUUCCUUCUCAAAUCCCUUUCACACAACAGAGGAGAAAACAUCCAAAGGAAAACACGUUGAGGUUGCACUAACUGCCACAAACUGAACUGCCUUAAAAGACCACUGGGGUUUCAAUUUGAAUUCAAUCUUGUAAAAUAGGUUUGAGUUUCCUUAAGAAUAACAGGGUUGAACAAGCACAUGAAUAGUUUGGCCUGGAACUUAUGAGUCAAUGGGAAAAUAAGAACUUUAAAAUCAUCCAUGUGUCCUUUUCAGGUAACGCCACAUAUUGAUACUUCAGCAUACAUGUUUUCUUUCAUGUGGUAAUUACUAUUAUAUAUUAUUUUUUAUAUGAAUGAACAGUCCCUUUAAACACAACUGAUUUUUAUAUCGAUCAAGAUCCAUGAAUUGUUCUCUGGGGAAAAAACACCACAUUAUUUCAUAGUGUUGAAGAAAGAAAAUAAAAUUCUGGAUCUGCAUCCAAACUUGAAACGGUUCUCCUCUGACCUGCUGCAUCCGGCCACUGAGUUUCGUAGCAAUUUGUCCUGUAGUUUUUGUGUAAUGCUGCCAAAUAACAAACAGCAAUUAUACCAACCCUGCCAACUUUAAGACAUUUUAUUUUUUCCAAGUUGCAGAAGUGAACACAUUUUCUAAUCUAUAAAAGUGUACUUUAUUUUGGACUUGUAAGUUAUAUGCCUCUGAUCACUUAAAGGAUUCAUUCACCCAAAUAAAAACCGUGACCCAGGGUUCGACGUGUCCAUGUGCGAUUUCUGUUUUCUUUCUUUCCAGAAACAGUGUCCUGUUUACUCCAAAUAAUGUACAGAUCUAUUUUUUUUUUUUUGAUAUUUCAAAUACUGGGCUUAUAUAAUCGUAAUUUGGGUGAAUUGACCCUUUAAUAGAGAAAAUGCUGAACAGUUAGAACAGGACUUUAUCUGCAGGGGCCACAUGGAUGAUUCUUCUCCUUCCCUGACUUUAUGGAUAAGCUGAAUCCCCAAAGCUUCUUGCAUUUGCUCUAAGUGGUUUAUGUGCAAGAUUCUGCAAUAUUUGAAAUGUGCACCACAAAUUAGAUGAAACUCCUGUGGCAGUGGAGCUGAUCAACAGGGCAGGAAGUCACCUACACACUUUAAAAGGUGACGGGUCGUCAGGUGCCAGGAUAGUGGUGAUGAUUUACCACACACACACACACAGACACACACACACACACACACAUGCAGGAGAGUUCCCCUUUGCCAUUCCUUGAAACCCAGAUAUUUCCUUUUGAAGAGGGACCAAAUCCAUGCACGGACCGUGUGCUAUGCACUGGAAAACACAGAAGGUUUUACUGUAUCCAGAUCUUUUUGUUUUUGUACAGAGAUGUUGACAUUUGUACGAUGUGACGCUGUUACUCUCUCCCUUUCCUUUUUUUCCUCUACAAUUUCUGACUAGUUGGUAAUAAAUGUUUCUCCCCCGGCAUUGUUUAAUUUUCGUCUGAGCGUCUCAGAAACAAGUUAAAGAAUGAGAUGUGAAGCAGGAUUUAGGGUUCGAGCGCGUUAACGGUCCCCGAGCGCUCACUCUUGAUUUAUCCUCCUGCUCGAGCUCUUUAAGCUGACACACACACGGCGAGCGAGGGAGGGAGGGAUGGAGUUUUCAGUCGGAGUGGAGAGGGGGUUUGAAAUACAACUGUUUUCUCUGUGGGGAGCAUAUUUCACCGUGUAUAUACUCAUCAUUACAGUUAAAUGUUCUUUUUUUAAACUGAAAAAUAAGGAAAAGCAAUAUGAGUGUGACAAUGAGAGUAAAUGGAUUUUAAAGGCUGA